AUGUCCGUUUGCGCUUUCAUUCGACGCUGCCUUUCUUUUCCUUCUGUUUCUUCUUCUCGAAACCCAAGUUCUAUUAUCUGGUUCGGGUGGUACCCAAUUUGCUCCUCUCGAGGCGGAGCAACGCCAGCGCCUAUCCGUGGUUCCCGGUUGUAA